AUGGAAACUAAUAUUUUAAAGGGCAUUAAAAUCUAUGUAGAUCAUAACAAGACUACUAUCAAAGGAAUCAAUUUACAGAUGACAUUGGCAAGAUUCUUCUUGCACAAUAAUGUUCAUAGAUCAUUGAUUUCAAUUUAUGAUAUUGCUGAUGACUUUGAAAAGCAAGGAGCUAUCAAGAAUCACUCUAAAAAGAUUCCAAGAUAUCCUUAUAUUGAAAUCUGUGGAAAGUUAUGGGGUGAAGGAUGGUCAGUUGAAGAAAACAAAGAAGAAGUUUUAGAAUUAAUUCAACCAUUAAUGAAUUUGAUACAAGACAACCAAGACUCAGAGGUAGUCGAAGCAUUCUUGAACAACAAGGAAUUGAGCAAGGAAACACUCCAACAACACCAACAAUCGGAGGAACUUGCACUUGGUUACAUCGACAGUGGUAUCAAUAUUACAGAAUGGUUAUUGUUUGGUGCUGUCAAGGGAUUAUGGAAUACUGCUUGGCAAUCAACUGGCGACCAAUUAGAAACUCAAGAUGAAGACGUCGAAUUUGAAUGUCAAGUAAUUAGAACAAAUUGGUAUGGUAGACAUCAAUUCCGUCAAUAUAGAUUUACUCCAUAUAUGAUCCAAAGAUUACAUGAUGGAGCUGUUAAAGCAACUCUUUUCUACAAUGACAUCAAGGAAGUGAUUUGUACCGACAAGAAGAAUAUUAUUAUCAAGAUUCAAAAUAGUGAAGAUCAAUAUAUCGAGGGUUUGGAAAAGGAUAUUGGUAGAAUUAUUGAUAUCGUAACCAGUAGAGCUUAUCUUCGACCAAAUGAAGAUAAUACCUGUUGGGUAUCAGCUGUCAUUGCAUAA